AUGUCUUCUGAUAAAAGUUCACGGGUCACAAGUGAAGAAAACAUAGAGAAGACUACAACAACAGGGUUUGAGAUGUUCGAGUGCUUGAAGUUAUUCAGAAACAAAGCAAUUCUGUUCCUAGUUUAUUUCAUAUCAUUAGGAAAUGGAGCACUUCCUAUCUUCAACAUGAUGAUUCUUGGUGAUGUAACAUCAUCAGCAAGCACAGAUCCAACUAAAACUGCAACUAAGUUAAUGACUCCUCUUUUAUUAAAAUUAACUUAUAUUUCAAUUGCCCAGGCAGUUAUUCUCUUGAUAACAAUUAUGUGCAAGUCCUAUAUCAUACCAACAUUCACUGUUGAUAUAAGACAAGCAAUGUUCAACUCUAUUAUGACACAACCAAUUGAUUUCUUUGAUAAGACUUCUUCAGGUGUAUUGAUGGGAAGAUUUUCUGAAGAUAUCACAAUCAUAAGAGAUGUUUACAUUGAAAAGAACUGUGCUAUGCUCCAAGGAAUGACGAUGUCACUAAUAGCAAUAAUAAUGGGAUUCAUUAGGCUUCCUUAUGUGUCGUUAUCAUAUUUCGUAGCAAUUCCACUUCUUGUCGCAUCAUAUAUCCUCAGUGAAAAAUAUAUUGACAAGUUGUGGAAGAAUCAUAAUAUUCAAUCAACGUCAAUUGCUUCAAAAACAGAAGAAGUGAUCUCACAAUAUAGAACAGUAAAAGCAUUUGAUUGCGAGAAGAAAGAAUGUGAUGAUUACAAUGAUCUUCUAGAUAAUGUUGAUGAUAUUUAUCGCAAAACAGCAAUUGCACAAGGUUUGAAAGAAGCUUUCUCUAGUAUUAUUGCAAAUGGUUUAACUGUUUUUGUUGUGUACUUUAUUGCAUACUUAAUGAUGGUCAAAAAAAAUACAAAGGUCAAAUCAGGAGACUCAUUAUCAAUGAUGAUGUAUAUUAUGUUGGGAACAAUGGGUUUUUCACAAAUUUUAUCAGCAUCUGAUAGUUAUAAAAAGGCAAAUAUGGCUGCCUUAAAGAUUUUAAACAUAAUUAAUCGAAAAGUUGAAAAUGAUUCGGAAAAUCAAACAGAAAUUGGAAAAAUCGAGGGAAAAAUAGAGUUUCAAAAUGUGAGCUUCAAAUAUUCCACAAGAGACGAAUAUGCAAUUCGCAACCUAACAUUUGAAAUUAAACCAGGUGAGACAGUUGCCCUAGUAGGUGAAUCUGGAUGCGGAAAAACUACUACUCUGUCACUAUUACAAAGGUUUUAUGACGUCAGCGAGGGCAAAAUACUAAUUGAUGGAAAAGAUAUUUCCAAUUUUUCAGCCUCCUCUCUCAGAUCCCAAAUAUCAUGUGUACCCCAAUCACCUGUCCUGUUUUCUAUGUCAAUUUUAGACAAUGUCAAGUAUGGCAAGCCGGAAUCUUCUUUCGAUGAAGUUAAAACAGCUGCAGAAAUAGGAAAUGCUCAUAACUUUAUUUGUCAGAUGGAAAAUCAGUAUGAUCAAGAAGUCCAACAGAUAUCAUUGUCUGGAGGCCAAAAGCAAAGAAUUUGCAUUUCUCGUGCUGUUCUUUGUAAUGCGCCAAUUCUUCUUUUAGAUGAAGCAACUGCUUCUUUAGAUGCAGAAUCAGAGCAACUUGUUCAGGAAUCACUUGAAAAGGUUCGCAAAGGAAAAACUGCUAUCAUUGUUGCGCAUCGAUUAUCAACAGUGAAAAAUGCAGACAGAAUCCUUGUAUUUGACAAUGGAACAAUUGUUGAGACAGGAACACAUGAAGAGCUUCUUGAAAAAGGAGGAAUCUACUCCAAUCUUGUUAAAUUCCAACUUCAAUAA